AUGGCGCGGCUCUCUGCCAGCCAAUCUAAAUCGCAGGAGAUCGUGGAAAUAUCCGCGGCGAUGUCGGAGCGCGGAGGAAAAUUACCGGAUGCAGAUCCGCCGAAAUCGAGCGGCGGCGGUGGCGGCGAGGAGACUCUGUCGCCGAGGAAAUCGAAGCAUUGUGUGAUUCAAAUUUCAAAACCCCUCAGAUCAGUGAGAGACGCUCUUGGUGUCGGAGACAUAGACUUCGUGUCUUGUAGCUCCACGGUGUACGAGGCUAUGGUGAUGGACUGGAUGAGGAAUCUUGAAGUAGGAAUCCCUGCAAUGCUGGAGGAUGGAAUCAAGCUGCUGGUGUAUGCAGGAGAGUAUGAUCUCAUCUGCAAUUGGCUAGGGAACUCGAGAUGGGUGCAUGCCAUGGAAUGGUCUGGACAGAAGAAGUUUGCAGCAGCUGCCACUACGCCUUUCUCUGUAGACGGGGCUGAGGCCGGGCAGCAGAAGGGCUACGGGCCUCUCACGUUCCUCAAGGUGCAUGAUGCGGGCCACAUGGUUCCGAUGGAUCAACCAAAAGCAUCGGUGGAAAUGUUGAGGAGGUGGAUGCAGGGGAAAUUAACACAAGCAGAUAAUCAUCUUGCUCCAAUGUAAAUACACUUACUGAAGCAGGAGCUGUUCAUGUAUACAUAUAUACAGAAGAAACAUAGAGAGACUGUUUUUCCAAAACAGAUCAAAUGCUGAUAUGAUUUUCUACAAAAAAAUCAUUUUUUCACCUGUAUUGGAAGUGUUGCAAGGCCUUCUGUGAUUUGUUGUAAUGAAGGUUUAUUGAUUUAUGUUUGAAA